AAUUUAAACAUAAACAGGUAUUAUUCUGAUUCAUCGCUAAUUUGUUUUGUUCAGUUGUAAUGAUUUUCUCAAAAAUCUAAUAAAAGAAAUCAUUCGAAUAUUUUAUUUAUUACGUAAUUACUUACCAUUAAAAUGAUCCAACCUGAUUAUCCUUCAGCCAUGGGGUUACUGACUCAUUUGAAUUCAGAUGAACUCAAGGAAAUGCUCAACGACGAUACCAAAUUCGAUGCAGUUCUCAAAGAUGUAAAGCAGGUGAAAGAUUGGGACACAGAGAAGGAGAUGAUCAUAGCUAGCAAUAGGUCUUUGGCUGAGUUUAAUUUGAGCAAAGAACCAGAACUUGAACAGCUAAAGUCUGAUGUACAGCAGAAAUCAGAGGUGGGCGAACAACUUUGUUCCCGCAUACAAGAACUUCUCGAUAACUACAAAACCAAAUCAGCUGGAAUAUCACCAGAUGCAACACUAGCUGUGUUACAAACUUCAGCAGCAGAAUCGGAAGAGGAUUCUGAGAAAAUGGCACAAGAUUUUUUGUCAGGGAAAAUUGAAGUAGACAAAUUUCUCGAACAAUUUGAACCCAUUCGAAAAAAUAUGCACCUGAGGAAGUUUAAAGCAGAGAAAAUGAGUGAACUUUUGAGAACGGGUAAUCAAAGCUCUUAUGGAAAUGGUUUAUCAAAACCAUACAUACCAUAUCCUAGUUAUGGUACUCCACAGGGAGCUCCAAGUGUACCAUACCCAACAGGAGCUUUCAACAUGCCAAUGCCAGGAAUGUUUAGGAAUCAUUUUUGAGGUUACCCAUUAUUUUUUGAGUGUAUAUUGAAUAUUGACAUUAAUUUGAUUUUUAAGUUCUAGAAAAAACUAAAUGUAUAUGACAUAGGUUUGGAAAUGCUCAAAGGGUACUAAAAUUCCGACAUCAUAAACAACAAGUAAAGAUGUUUACUAAAUUCGUUAUUAUUUAUAUUUUUUUAAAGAAUACGUGAUUUAUUUAUUUAUGUUUUUAUCCUUUAACUGACUCCUAAUAAGUUAUCCUAUAUUAUUUUAUUAAUUUAUAUCUUAAUAUAUAUAGUAUAUAUAUAAUAUACUUAAUAUAACAAAGUAUAGGGCAAAGGGAUUGCUGUGAAAACACUAUCUUGCAUAAAAACAGAACCAACCAGGUAUAGGUACUUGUAGUUUUUUUUAUUAUUGUUCUAGGCUCCUAAUGGUUUACUUUGGAGUUAAUAGGUAUAUAAUUUCUAUGUCAAUUGUACUUUAUAAUUAGGUAUAUUAAUUCUUCAAAUUGCUAUAAUUAAAUGUUAAAUAAUUACCAAACUGCUUGAUAACUUGGUGCUUUUGGAAAAUAAUGUGAUUAACAACUACAAUCUGUAAAUAAUUAGGUAAUUUCAGUGUACUAAUAGAAUUCAAGAUUAUUUCAGUCAUAAAAUAAUGUAAUCUAAAUUAUUUAUAUUUUUAGUAACCCUUAUAUUUGUCAUGAAUGAUAUGUGGUGAGGUGACACCAUUCACAAUAAUGGAACAAGAUAUGAUCGUAAUUAGGGUUCCAAACCCAAAAGCUAAAAUUCGGUGUGUCCGUCCAUGUGUCACUGUCACUGCGUUAAACUUCGGAGACUACAUAAUAUCGAUUUGAAUAAUUUUGGUCACUGUUAGCCUAAUUUUAUUUAACCCUAGACCAAUUUUUUUUUAUAAAAUUAUAACUUGUAUAUUUUCAUUGCAAGAGGUAGCCAUUCAUCAAAAAUAAUUUGACUUACGUAAGAGUAGUCCUGUAUACGCCAAUAUGAGCUUUAUUUUAUUUUAUGCUUUCAGUCCAUUUAUGAUGGAUAAUAUAAAAUAAUGUGAUAGCCGUAUCUUUAAAAAAAUGAUUACAAUUUUUUUAAAUAUAUCGCACACAUAGUGUAAUACUAGAUUAACUUAUAACUUACAAUCUUUUGAAAAUCCACUCUGCAGUUUUAACUAUAGAGUCUACAAAAAUAGCAAUAUUAAAUUAGUAUUGUACUAGGUGUGUGAUAUGUAAACAUUAGAGUAAAAAUAGAUAAUUAUAGAAACAGUACUCUUGUAAGUAACUAUAUAGAAUAGUAGUUAAUAAGAUACCAUUAAAAACUUCCAUAUACAAACACAAAGGUCGUUACAAAGUCCGUUUUUAUGCAUUUAGUCUAAACUAGUGGUUUUUAACAUUUCAGCGAUUGUCAAUACCACUAUGGGCCAGCAACCAACCACCACCAACACUCCUGCAGAAAAACUAGAUUUUGUGUAGGAGUUAGUGGCCAUUUUAACUUUAUUACCCCACGUGUUUUAUCCCGUUUAAAAAAUAGUCUCGUGGAUUAUUUCAGCCACUCAUAGACUCAUAAAUAUAUAAUCCACUGACCAUCAAUUAAAAACCACUGGUCUAAGGACACGCAUUAACAACAUCAAAUAAAUCUGUUUCUUAAUGCUACUAAAAUAUAUCACAAUUUUUUUUUAUUUCAUAAAUAAAUUAUCAUUGUAAUAUUAAUGUUUAUCAACCAUGUUUACUUGGAACCCUGGAUGUUCCGAUUCCUAUGCGCAAUUUUAUGAAUAGUUUCAAAUUUAUUAUAACUAAAACUUUCAUAUUAUGUACACGUAUAAA